GCCGCCGCCUCCGGUCAGCGGGGCCGCGCUUCCGCCCGCGGCGCCGCCGCCAUGCGCAUCGAGAAAUGCUACUUCUGCUCGGGGCCCAUCUACCCGGGACACGGCGUCAUGUUUGUGCGCAACGACUGCAAGAUAUUUAGAUUCUGCAAAUCAAAAUGCCACAGAAACUUCAAAAAGAAGCGAAAUCCCAGAAAGAUGAGAUGGACUAAAGCGUUCCGUAAAGCAGCUGGCAAAGAACUGACAGUGGAUAAUUCAUUUGAAUUUGAAAAACGUAGGAAUGAACCUGUGAAAUACCAGAGAGAGUUGUGGAACAAGACUGUGGAUGCAAUGAAGAGAGUGGAGGAAAUAAAGCAAAAACGCCAAGCCAGAUUUAUUAUGAACAGAUUAAAGAAGAGCAAAGAGUUGCAGAAGGCAGAAGACAUCAAAGAAGUCAAACAGAACAUCCACCUUCUUCGUGCUCCCCAUGCAGGUACACCAAAACAGCUGGAGGACAAAAUGGUGCAGAAGCUACAAGAGGAUAUACCUAUGGAAGAAGACUCUUAAAGUGCUUUUAUUUGCUAUUUAUAUCUCUUCAGCGGUUAACAGUUCCUUACUGCCUCACCUGACAUCAUUCAGAAAUGUGCUUACAGUUGAAGAAAAGUACAUUUUAAUGAAUAGCAGUCAUUUACAAUUUGAAUUAUAUUUUUAAUGAAAAGUAAUAGGUUGGAUACUAGUUUAGGCAGUACUUAAAAUUCUGUAGUUUGAGAAAACCUUGUCAGCAGGAUGGAGAAUGAAGAAUUAUUGUUUAAGAUAAUGUGUUCCUUGGAAAGUUACACUUCUUCCGGAUAACUUUUCCACGGUAAUUUAAAUAAUAAAUAAUAAAAGAUGCUGGCCCUGAGCUUUUCUUACUUUAUCUGUUGUUAUUUCAAAGUGGUGAAAGCAGAUAAAAAUCUAUCUUAAUGAUUACAAGAUGGGGCACGAGGUAUUAAUUUUCAUCAAUCCGGUGUGGUCCAGACUUAUUUUCAUUCUUGUCCUGGGGAAAAUUUUUCAAUUUGAAGAAUAGUGUUUGUUUUAUCUCCUUUUUAAGUCAGCUACCCCAGAAUUCCAUUGCAGUUAACACCUGGCAAAGCUAACAUUGAUGCAGGACCUAGGUUUGGAAAAUAAUAAUGGUGAUAUCACCUACUCUGGAGUUGGCCCUGCCAUCAUCCUUACCCAGCAAAAUUCAAAUCUAAUGUCUAAUCAGGCAGAUUGAGACAAUAAAUCACACUUGAGACUGUGUUUAUCUGACCCCCAGGAUUAUUUUGAUGGAAAAGAUGCUGCUAAAUCACAAGUAUUUUGCAUAUUGUGGUGGUAUUUAUUCAGUGUGUCAGUACUGAUAUAAAUACUGCUUUAAACUGUCGGAGUUUAAAACUGUCUGCAACAGUCUGAUCAAAGAAAACUUUCAAAGGCGUUUAUAGUAUUUGCUUUCUUGUCGUGCUAGUUACCCUCAAAAACAAUAAUUUGUGGUUCUUUUCUGGACUUGGAUAUGUACUAUAGCAAUCACUGGAAACCCUCAUACCUACCAUCUACAUGUGUAUUGUGUAGUUCCGAGAAGAAUUAUAUUUAAACUUAUGUAAGGGUCUUUGGGGAGUGUGUGACAUGAACAGGCAUUGUACUCAAUUUUUUCUCUCUUGAUUUAUGAGUUCAGACACUUAGACAAUGAUGUAUUUUAGUGAGAAUUCUGGUAAUAAAAAUGUAAUUCCUUAUUUUAAUGACA